GACUUCCUUCCUCUUUCCCGCCCAGAGCAGGCUGGGAUCUCUGGCCUCCUCCGCUCCGCGGGGUGGGAUUGCCGUAGGAGGGGGCGGUGCGAGGGCGGGAAGGAAGGAGGAAGCGCGCUGAGGUGUGCCCAGGCAGUGGUUGGUGACAUGGGCUGAUUAGAUAACCCCGCCUCAAUGCAGCCGAACAGGAGACGCAAAAUAGAGUGGGACAGCUUGUCUGUUAGCUCACCUACCAAGUACUACAAACUCACCAGAGAAGGGCCGCCACAUCCUUCCACCACCAGCAGCUUUGGUGGUCAGACAGCUGCAUUCGGAAAGACUCAGAGUUUGCAUUCCCGAGAAUCUUCCUAUAAAGAAUUCUUGAGAACUUCAUUUGCUGCAGAGGAUUCUUCUUCUGAUGAAUUCGAAAUAGAUGAUGGAAUCAGUAGUAUGGUUAGGAAGAGUCCAGACCAUUCUCUUUCCAGCAAAACCCUGCAUGUAAAACAGUCAGUCUGUGACAUGUCUAAGCGAAAUGCUACAUCUUCAUCUCAAGAAUCUUUGAAACAAAAGAUUGAACAGGAUAGUUGCAGUGAUACAGAUCCAAGCAUCACACCAAGUGCAGCAAAAAAAGGUGUAUCAAAGGAAACUGAGACUGAAUUUGGCCGGAGGAGAGUGAAGGACCAGAAUCAAGAUCAGGGAUCUCGAAUAAUUUACCGCAAAGCUCUGCUGGGUAUACUCGGGGGAGCACUGCUAGCCAAAAGAGAGGCAGUGUCUUCAAAUGGAAUUCUCGCGGAAAGUCGUCAUAAUAGAAAAGAAGAGCCUGGAUCAGUUGAUGGCUUGAAACAUCUCUCAGUAGCAUCAAAACUCCAAGAGCAGCAAGCUGGAAAAGAUUCAAACUGUUUAAAACCUAAAGUAAAAGAGCAAAUUAAUAUUUCUAUCAGACAAGAUAGAAAAGAGUCUUGUAGGUCAGAUGGCAGAUCAAGAAAUGUGUCUGUAAUUUCAAGAUCCAUUGGAGAAAAUGAAUGCCAACAGGAUCCUGGUUUUCAAAAACAUGCUGCAAAAGAAGAAAAUAACAUCUCUAAGCACAGGGGAAAAGAGGCAUCCAGCCCAGGGGCCAGGUAUAGAUGCAUCUCUGUAUUAACAAGGUUUGAAGAUAAGUCUGAACUUCAGCAGAAAUCCAGCUUUCAGAAAGCUGCUGCAAAAGAAAGUACCUCUAAACACAGUGAAAAAGAAGUUCUUAGAACAGGAGCCAGUCCAAGAUGUUUUCCAAUAGUACCAAGGUUUGAAGAUAAAGUGGAACUUUAUCAGGGGUCCAGCUUCCAGAAAGCUGCUGCUAAAAAGGAAAGCAGUAACUCUAGGCACAGUAGAAAUGAGACUUCCAGAACAAGGGCCAGCUCAGGACGAAUUUCUGAAUUAUCAAGAUUUGAAGAAGAACCCAAUCUUCAACAGAAGUCCAACUUACAUAAAGCUGCUGCAAAGGAAGAAGGCAGUGCCACUACACACAGUGAAAAAAAGGUUCCUAAAACGGGAGCUGCCUCAAGAUGUUUUCCAAUAAUACCAAGUUUUGAAGAUGAAGCAGAACUUUGUCAGGGGUCCAAUUUUCAGAAAGCUGAUGCUAAAGAAGAAAGCAGGCACAGUGGAAAAGAGACUUCCAGAGCCAGAGCAAGGGCCAACUCAGGACAAAUUCCUGAAUUACCUGGAUUGGAAGAUAAACAAGAACAGAAACCAAAUGGCCCAAUAAUUACACCAGAAGUUGACACUGGUACUUCUCUUGAAUGGAGUAAAAAAAGACCUUGGAGAGAGGCUUGCAGAUCAGACAACAAAUUUAAAAGCCUGUGUAACCUUUCACAAGUUGAAGAACACAAAUCAAAGCAUGAGUCUACCAAACAGCAAAGUAGAACCAAUGAAGAACAUGUUUGUGCCAGUCUAAAUAAAAAGGAAUCACAGGGACUAGAAAACCACUUGAGAUGUUCUGAAUUUUCAAAAUAUGACUGUGAAACAUUUAAGCAGGGUUGCAGCAGUCAAAAAGCUACCACAAAAGAAACUAAUACUUGCACAAAACAAAAAAACACGUCAAAAGAAAAACACACUUCUCCCAGUUCAUUUGAUACACAGGGUGGUGCUAAGAAGUUUGUGAAUUUCCAAAGGACAGUUAUUGUAGAACCUUCUCCUAAGCUUGUGUUUGCAGAUGAACAUGAUUCAGAAGUAGAUCAGAAGUUUGUGGAACAAGAAAAAGAGCUUUCAGUUGUACCUGACUGGUCUGAUACAGAGGAUGCAGAACCACUAGCUACUUUCUCACAGGAGGAUUCCAUCCAAACCCACAAUACUUCAGAAACAGUGGAGACGUCAGUGUUGGCAACAGACUUUGUAAUGUAUCCUCCUCAUUUGUACAGUUGUGGGAUGAGUGAUUAUGCAAAGUAUUGGAGAAGCAGUCUCAAGCCAACAGAUUGCACUUCUUUUCCAAGCCCCUUUGAAGACGCUUCAUACACGAGUCGUCUUUGUGAUAAUACUUUAGAUACCUCUUCUGGAACUCUGUCAAAUACCUCAAGGGAUAAAGAACUUGCAGUGGAAAGUGUGCAUAGUAUACCACAAGCACACAGUUCUCCAUUAAUGUGCACUAAGAAAAACAGGCGGAGGAGUACAGAAGAAGCAUCAUGCAUUCCUAUCUUUUCCACAUCACGCAAGACAGACUCUUAUAUUAGUAAUCAUUUAAACCAGGAGUUGCCUGGUGACCUGCCUAAAUAUUUAGAAGAAGGGUUUAUUGAUACCCACUGUCAUCUGGACAUGUUAUAUUCAAAAAUGGCUUUCAGGGGAACCUUUUCUAAAUUUCGAAAGACGUAUAAUGGCACCUUUCCUGAAGAAUUUCAAGGCUGUAUAGCUGAUUUUUGUGACCCUCGUAACUUGAACAAUUUCUUAUGGGAAGAAUUAUUAAAGGAAGAUAUGGUUUGGGGAGCAUUUGGCUGUCAUCCACACUUUGCCCGUUACUAUACAGAUCUUCAUGAAAGAAAUCUUCUACAGGCAAUGAGGCACCCCAAAGCUGUUGCCUUUGGAGAAAUAGGGCUGGAUUACUCUUACAAGUGUAGCACUGAAGUCCCAAAGCAGCAGAAGGUAUUUGAAAGGCAACUGAAUCUUGCUGUUUCCUUAAGGAAGCCUUUGGUAAUUCACUGCAGAGAUGCUGAUGAUGAUCUGUUACAAAUCAUGAAAAAAUGUGUACCAAAGGACUACAAAAUACACAGGCAUUGCUUUACUGGCAGAUAUGGUGUCAUUGAACCAUUGCUGGAGUACUUUCCAAAUCUCACAGUGGGAUUCACAGCAUUAUUGACAUAUCCAUCAGCCAAUGAGGCCAGAGAGUCAGUUCGAAAAAUCCCUUUAAACAGGAUAGUUGUAGAAACGGAUGCACCUUAUUUUCUUCCGAGACAGGUGCCCAAAAGUAUAUGCCAGUAUUCACACCCAGGAGUAGCUCUGCACACAGUGAAAGAGAUUGCCCGCCUUAAAGAGGUGCCAUUGUCAGUUAUGUUAGCUAUUCUAAGACAAAAUACCAACAAAAUGUAUGACUUGUAGGAAGGUACAAAAGAAUGUAAAAGAAUGGGUGAGAAAAAGCUUCUAGGUUUUAUAUGAUGUUUUCUUACGUUUUUGUAUUUUAUGGGUUUAAAUUGCAUUUUGUCAACUGCCCAGAGGGAGCUUUGGAUACUGGGCAGGAUAGAAAUGUGAUAAAUAAAAAUAAAAGACAGUAUGUAUUUCUUUCCCUUUAAGUGAUUACUUUUAAUGGAAAUACAGAUUUGUGGCUUGUACAUUAAUGGUGAUUAAUUCAAAUAUUUUGAUUCUGGAAGAAAGAAAAUAGUAGUAAGUGACAGUAAUAGCACUGUCCUUUAAAACUUCACUCUUUUUCUUACUUCCUACCCUCAGUUAUUUUUUGCUUGCCAUUUAAGGUGCCUUAAUAUUGAUUUCAUUCCCAUGAUUAGCUUUCCUUUUAAAUUAGUAAUCUGUGGAGACAAUGAAGAAAACGGACUUGCCUGCAUUUUAAUAUUUCAAUUUGUAUUUUAUUAACAUAUUCUAAAAAGGUCAUAACUGAACAUAUUAGGAAGGUCUACUUCAUCAGAAAAUAGAAAUCCAACUGUUGUUGAUUUAAUAUGUAGAGGUUUAAAAAAACUAAAGUGCUCUUAAAUUAGUAAGGCUAUAUCUGAGUAUUUCUCCUGGAACAGCAAACCAAGUAAUUUCUGCAGGUUUCUGUUUUGUUGUCUACCACAAUUAAAACAACCCCACCAUUUGAUCUAGUAUGUGCAUAAAACUAUCCUCAAAGAAAUAAUGAAAUGCAUUUCCUGUGUGUGAUAGUUACAAUUCUUUCAAUAUGUGCUGGUACAGUGAGUCUUAUGAAAGGAUGGCUGUAAACAUUAAUACGGCAAGAAUUUGUUUUUAAAGAGAAAUGAACUGUGUGUAAUAACUCAAAGAUUUUGUUAAACAGGCUGAUUGGGAAAGAUAAUAUGAGAUGUUGAUUUGAUACACCAUAUUGACCUGAAGAAACCCAUGUCAACACAAGAUAGUAGAACAAAGGAAAGAAACUAAAAUAGGGUUUCAAGAUAAUUUCAUGAAAAUCCAUUAUUAAUUUUUAUUUUAAAUUAGACCAGCUUUAAUCUCUUCAAUGGGCUCCUUUUUAAUAAAAAAAGACUCCAUGUUUCUAUAACGUUAUGUAUAAUUUGGACAUUAAAGAGAUUAUUUGUAAAUAAAUGUAUUUUUAUAUAAAAGUUUAUGUUGAUUAUAUAAUUGACUUUGUCAGUGAGGCAAGAAAGUAAAAUCUUACAAUCAGUAACACUGAAAGCAAACAUUCAAAGCAGCAUGUUGUAUGCAUGUAAAGUUUCUUUUUGUAGAUACUUCUGUUCAUGUUGUCAAAGGUGUUCUCCAAUAUUUGUGAAAAUGGUCUCUGAAAUAAUUUCCCCUUCUAGAAUGUCUGAGCUGUAUGCCUACAUGCAGGAACAACAAUAAAAUCAUGCACCCAGCCUCCAGGUCA